UUCUCUUUCCUUCACGUGUGACAUUGUCGAUUCUUAGUUGUGACUCUGUUCCUCAAAAUCGUCAGUUCCAUUGCGCCAAGGCCGACGCUAAUUGCUCAUCCAUCAACUUCUUCUUCUUCCUCUCGUCUUCUGCUACUUUUUUUUCUCAUACAAAGCUCCCCGCGGCAGCACAGUGCUGUAAACGCACACCCACAGAGAGAAGAAGGUAUGGCCCCAACGAAAAGGCAUUUGAUCUUUUGAGGAACUGUUGCCGUAAUUGGUUCCUUUUCAUUUCUCUGAGAUUCCGACGAAGUUUUUGCGGGCGACGACGCGUGGCGUUUCCUCGGCCCAGCGCUUGAGGCGGAGGGGAGAGUGAGGAGGACUAGGUACUCCGUGAUUGUAAGGUUUUUCGUGUUUUGAAUUGAAAAUGCUGGUCAGAAAUCUGGUGUUGUUGAUGCUUUUUGCGACGGUUAUUGCUCCGAUUGUGAUUUACACUGAUCGCCUCGCCACCUUCAAGUUAUCCUCUAAAGGCGAAAUUAUUGAAGGUUUUGCAACUUCUGGUUUCACUAGCAAUUCUGGGCGUCUAAAUCUUGUCGAUGGGGAAUCCUCAUCAACCGUAAAAGAGCCCGUCGCGACCAUUUACUCCGACAACAACUCGCUUCCAGAGUCCGUUGCUUCGGUCUUGCAGAGCAACGGCCGCAUCCAAGAUUCACGAUCUCUAGAAGUAAUAGAGCGUAAAUCUUCUCGAGUAUUGUCCACGACUGAUGAGGAAGGUCGUUCUCAAAGCGAGAAUGCCAUCAGGCAGGUUACGGACCAAAUUGGGGAGGCAAAUCUCAUUUCAUGGAAGCCCAAUAGUACCAGUGAAAAGAACGGCAAAAUGGAUCCUAAUCCAAAGCACGAGCAGCCAGCCCCUCAGACUUCUGACAAAGCUGAUGAGAAAGAACUAGUAAAGUCUAGAUUCGAACAAGAGAAUGAUCAAGCUGCUCUUCCUAAUGCACGUGUAAGACAUCUUAAGGAUCAGCUUAUAAGAGCUAAAGUUUACCUCUCGCUUCCAGGCACCAGGAACAAUCCCCAUCUUACAAGAGAACUUCGACUGAGGAUAAAAGAAAUUCAACGAACGUUGGGGGAUGCAACCAAGGAUUCUGAGCUGCCUAAAAAUGCCAAUGAGAGAUUGAAGACAAUGGAGCAAACUUUGGCAAAAGGGAGACAGUCUCAAGAUGACUGUUCUACUGUGGUUAAGAAACUACGAGCGAUGCUUCACUCAACUGAAGAGCAGUUGCGGGUGCACAAGAAGCAAACCCUGUUUUUGACGCAAUUAACAGCAAAAACACUUCCUAAAGGCCUUCAUUGCCUUCCCUUGCGCCUGACAACUGAAUACUAUUCUCUGAAUUGGUCCCAACAGCAUUUCCCUGGUGAAGAAAAGUUAGAAGAUCCGGACUUGUAUCAUUAUGCAUUAUUCUCAGAUAAUGUAUUGGCAGCAGCAGUAGUUGUUAACUCGACAGUUACUCAUGCAAAGGAGCCUUCAAAACAUGUUUUUCACAUUAUUACAGAUAGACUCAAUUAUGCAGCAAUGAGGAUGUGGUUUUUAGCUAAUCAACCCGGCAAAGCUACCAUCCAGGUUCAGAAUAUUGAAGAAUUUACAUGGUUAAACGCCAGUUACAGUCCAGUUCUUAAGCAGUUGGGUUCUUCUUCUAUGAUAGAUUAUUACUUUAGGGCUCAUCGGGGUAGCUCUGAUUCAAAUAUGAAAUUCCGGAAUCCAAAAUACUUGUCCAUCUUGAACCAUCUCCGUUUUUACCUCCCACAGUUAUUCCCGAAGCUAAAAAAAGUUCUGUUCCUCGAUGAUGAUAUAGUAGUACAGAAAGAUCUCUCCAGACUCUGGUUCAUUAAUUUGAAGGGAAAUGUUAAUGGUGCUGUAGAGACUUGUGGAGAAAGCUUUCAUCGGUUUGAUAGAUAUCUCAAUUUCUCAAACCCUCUCAUCUCAAAAAAUUUUGAUCCUCGUGCCUGUGGUUGGGCAUAUGGCAUGAAUAUCUUUGAUUUGGAUGAAUGGAAGAGGCAGAAUAUAACAGAGGUGUACCACUCCUGGCAGAAGCUGAAUUAUGACAGGCAAUUGUGGAAGCUUGGAACAUUACCACCGGGUCUCAUAACAUUUUGGAAGCGCACUUAUCAGAUCAAUAAAUCCUGGCAUGUGUUAGGCCUCGGUUACAAUCCUAAUAUUGGGCAGAAGGAAAUUGAGCAAGCUGCUGUAAUACACUAUAAUGGGAACAUGAAGCCAUGGCUUGAGAUAGGCAUACCCAAGUAUCGAAACUAUUGGGCGAAGCAUGUUGAUUUUGACAAUGUUUAUUUAAGAGAAUGCAACAUUAAUCCAUGAAUGGUCCUUGUUGUGAACUCGGAUUCGAAGUUUUCUCCAUAAUUUUAACAUCCACAAUAGUUUUCCAGGUCUGGAUCUCGGUAGUUUUUGGUUCUCUAAUUUAAUUUUUUAUCAGUCUCCCUAAUUUGUUCAUUGGUUAUGUAAAGUAGAACUUAACCGAUGCUAUCCAUUCUAAAUUCCCCCACCUUAGAUGUAAAUCAUAUGUGGGUCUCCCUAUUCUGUCGCUGUACAAAAUUUCUUAACCAUAUUUUUUUCUUAAAUAUUUGUAGUUGCAAGUUGAACAAUUGAAAAAGAUGGCUAUUGCUAUCUGUUUAUGGCA